AAACGUGGGCUGUUGUGUAAUCCCUCCCUGGGCCCCUUUGCUAUUUUUGUGCCUGGGUCCGCACGUCAUGGUUGGGUAUUUUCUCUGGUGACUAGCUCGCAUCAAUAGAUCUUCUAAUGUACACCCAGUCAGCCAGCAGCUUCGUGACUGAUGGGACUUUACCUUUCUAAUUUAUUUCAUUAUUGUUAGUCAGACAUGAGGAGAAUGGAGAAAAGGACCAUGCAGGACGAGGAAUGUCACAUGUGACUGUCGAUAUGGGACAGGGGACUAUUCAAAUGUCAGAUGACCCCUCCCUACAAUCAAUUCACAUGAAUGUUAAUAUCACUACAGUUACAUAACAGAUAUUAGCCUUGAAAAUCAAUCACAAAUUGACAUUAGAUUCAUGGAGUCACUUGAAACUACUGCAGGAGUGAAAAGCUCCACAGAAGGUCAGGACAAAAAUGUUGCACAAAGAAAAUCUACUUCAGAAGCCACACAGACAAGGAGGAGUCCAUCAGUUGAACUGGAAGGCAAGGGGCGGCACAAACAACUGCAGGAAGGUCAAGGUGGUUGCAAAGAAAUGUCUGACACACAGUCUCCAGGGCCUGUAUCUCAUAGGAAGUCCCCCAGUUCACCUAAAGUCCACCAACAGUGUUCCCAUUUAAGCAUGGAUCAGCUGUCAGUGACUGUGAGUAAGGUGGAACAGAAACCACAAAAGCCUGGAAAGUAUGUUUGCGAUUACUGCGGAAGGGCAUGUGCCAAACCCAGUGUGCUUAAAAAACAUAUUCGCUCACACACUGGGGAACGGCCCUAUCCAUGUGUUCCCUGCGGAUUCUCCUUCAAAACCAAAAGUAAUUUAUACAAACACAGAAAGUCCCACGCUCACUCAGUCAAAGCUGGAACAGUGCCAUUCUCAGAGCUUGGUUCUUACAAUGCCAAUACAGACCAGGGGUCUUUUGAAGGGGAAGGAGAGUUAUUCUCUGAUGCUGAGCAAAGCACGGACACGGACGAGGACACUCUUAAUGACCCGCUCCUGCUGCUGGACUCUCCAGUGGAGGGAUCAGAUAACACUGCUGUAAAAGUACUAAAUCUUGUUGCUCAGAAAAAGGGAGCCACAUCAGUGACAGCUCAGGAUGGUUCAUCCCAGCUCCAAGAAAUCAAUGCACCUCCUGCCGCUGCCGAGGCUAGCCAUGCAAUUCAAUCUUGCACAAUCAAACAGAGGCUUGCACUAAGGCUCUCUGAAAAAAGAAGCAGUGACUCUGACCACAAUCUGUCCCUCCCAAGUCAGUCUAGCAAGGGCAGCACGGACUCUGGCUACUUCUCACGCUCCGAGAGUGCCGAGCAUCAGACUGGUCCUCCAAAUACCAAUGCAAAAUCCUAUCAAGAAAUUAUGUUUGGAAAGUGUUACAGGCCAAGCCCUAAACAGACAACAACUUUCAUGACCUGCAGCACAGACUCAAGUGAAUAUAUUGGGAAACGCACAGAAAAAGGUGUCUCCCGCGUUUUCACCCAGGAAAAAGACACUGUUGAGUCAAUCAAAAUAAACACAAAGACAUUCACGAGAGAGGAGGCAAAAGAACCCCAGUUAGACACUGGCUCUGAUGUGGGGCCUCUGAUCAGAAGCAACUCGAUGCCAACAUCCUCAGCAGUGUGUCUGACUAUGCCUCAGGCCCUCAGAGGCAGCCACUCAUUUGAUGAGAGAACAAGCACUGGGGGCAUGAGGAGACUCAGGCGGCAAGCUGCUUUUGAACUUUCUGCGCACGAUGGCCAUGGAGAUACUGACAGCCAUGGAAAGAUGAGUGAAGGUGGCAUCUCAUCCUCAGGAUUGGAAAUGGACAAUUACCCAUCUGUGGCAUCUAAUAUGAGCCAUCAGCGACAUGUCAUGGAAUUGGCAACACGGAAACGUCGGAAAGAGAAAAGAGAAGAGGACGACUUGCCCAAUCAGUAUGAGAGCCAUGGUGAACAGUGUGAAGAAAUGUUUGAUUCAGGCAAAGACUAUGACUCAAAACAAGCUGCAGUGGGCAUUAUGGCAUUAGGGAAAGGACAUUCUUUGAGUAUGCUAACACAGAUGGAUAGGUGUGACAUGGACAUAUCAAUGACCCCUGAAAUUUCUGCUCGAAAAACCCUAGGAAAUGUAAUUUCAGUUAUUCAGCACACAAACUCAAUAAACAGGCCUCACACUGAACAGUCUGAAUCCUACAAUUAUCAUGGGCAGAGACAGGAAGGUGUAUCUUCAUUUCAAGCUAUGGAGGCAUGUGAAUCAUAUGAGAUGGAAAGUAGUGAUAGUAAACUAGGGCAGUUAUUUCAAUUGGGCCCCAAACUUGUGCGGCAGCCCAACAUACAAGUCCCAGAGAUUAGGGUCACGGUAGAGCCCGACAGUCCAGAAAAAGCUCCAGAGGUGCAGGUGAAGGAGCCAGAGAAGCACAUGGAGGAGUUUCAGUGGCCUCAAAGGAGUGAAACUUUAGCACAAUUCCCUCCAGAAAAGUUGCCUCCAAAAAAGAAAAGGUUACGGUUAGCUGAUAUUGAGCACUCCUCUGGUGAAUCCAGUUUCGAGUCUGCGUGCACCAGUCUCUCCCGCAGUCCGAGCCAAGACAGUAACUUAUCUUAUAGCUCUACUUUCUCAUUUGACAGGGAGGACAGCUUGAAGUCAGUCUCUCCAGCCAGGCAAGAUGAAUUUGGCAAAUCACUAGAGCUCUUAGCUGUGCCAGGGAGUGGGCACUCCCUCUCUGUGCUGAACCAGCGUCAACAACAUGAAAUGAGACGCUCCUCCUCAGAGCAGGCGCCAUGUAACUUGCGCAAGGAGCUCCCAGAGGUUCGCAGCAUAUCAUUUGACUAUGGCAGUCUUUCUCCAACAUCCAAAGUUAGACACGUGGACAGCGUUGGCCACUCUGCUGUGAAGGAGAGAAGAAGGGGAAACUUGGUACGACAGGAGUCACUGAAUAUGGAAACUGAAGUACCACAAGUCCCAUCACAAGUGUUUCCGCAAUACCUCAGCAGCACCUCCUCUCCAUUCACAGGAGUUGCUGUUCUGCCCUACACUUUGCCAAUAUUUUCCACUGGGAAUACAUUCCCCCAGUUGUCACAUCCCAGCCUGUUGGUCCCUGUAAGAAUACAGACUCAUGUGCCAUCAUAUGGCAGUCUCACAUACACCUCAGUAUCACAGAUUUUUGACGAUCAUUAUGACUGUAUUAGCUCCACUACAACCACCUCUCGGAAUCAGACUUUGUGUAUGUCUGGAAAUUUCACCUCUCAUAAUGUACUAGCUUAUACCAGACCACCCUUGACACAUACCCUCAGUGUUGAAGCCCUCGAUUUGUCAUCAGCUAAACUCAAAACAGGCAUCCCUCUCUCUCUGACUUCUAGAACUAUCUCAACUACUAACGCCUCCAGUGGUGGCACAAACAAAAGAAUGCUUUCCCCUGCCAGCAGUCUGGACCUGUUCAUAGAGGUCAAGCAGCAAAAACGUGUGAAAGAGGAAAGAAUGUUUGGACAGAUUGUAGAGGAGCUGAGUGCUGUGGAGUUAGGAAACUGUAAUUUGAGUGAAGAGAAGGGGCACAGGUCAGAGAUGCAGGGUUCAUCCACACCUCAUGCUCAGGAUGACUCCCGUAGGAAUAAAUUUAUUACACUUCAGCAAAAAGUGGCAGAGGCCAAUGACCACAGCGUUGAGUCAGCUAUGGAAAGUAGCUCCCUGGAAACCAGCUCGCCUCCAUACUCCAUGAUAUCCAUCAGCGAAGUGACACAAGUUGGCACGGAGAAACAAGUGCAGAUGGAUAUGGUGGCACAGCUGGUUACCAGUCAAGACGUCCUGAUCUCAGACGCCGAGCAUUCAAGACUGUUAUCUCAGUUUCCAAGUCUUCGCACGACGACAGGUGUGAGCUGGUGUUAUCUCAACUACACCAAGCCGAGCUGCUCUCACAGUAACGCCCCUUUCUCCUCUGUGUACGCCACCUGGUGUGUGAGUUCCCACAACCCCAACCCUCUUGAACUGAGCACCGGUGCUGCUCUGGCUCUAUUGCGGUCCAAACAGAGGGGAGACAAGGUUAUAUACACUGUGGCUGCCAUGUGUCAGCCUGGCACUGGGAAGCUGGUUUCAUCCCUCAUACUGUGGAGGCAGACCAUGGAACAGCUGCAGAGGAAACCGGAGCCCAGAGAGGUGGACAUUACCUACGGGAAGAGGGUGAAAGACAGCUGCAGAGUGAAAACUGCCAAGGAGGAGUGGAAAGAGAGAGAGGCUUCCACAACCCAGACUGUGCCAACACGCAUAAAGAUCUUUGAGGGAGGGUACAAGUCCAAUGAAGAUUAUGUAUAUGUCCGAGGUCGAGGCCGGGGAAAAUACAUUUGUGAGGAGUGUGGCAUUCGCUGUAAGAAGCCGAGCAUGCUGAAAAAACACAUCCGGACCCAUACAGAUGUGAGACCAUACAUCUGCAGGGUCUGCAACUUUGCUUUUAAAACUAAAGGAAACCUAACUAAACAUAUGAAGUCAAAGGCACACAUGAAGAAAUGUCUUGAACUAGGAGUGUCGGUAACGAUGGAUGAGACAGAGAUUCAGGAACAUGUAGACGACAUCCAACAAGAGUCCAAGACAGAGGUGUCAGUGACAGCCAAACACCAGUUCUCAGACGCAGAGGACUCUGAUGGCAUGGAUGAAGAAGUUGACGAAAUUGAUGAAGAAGAUGAUGAGGACGAUGAAUAUGAGGGAGACUCCACUCCAAAGCUGCAUUCAAGAAGUACAAGUCCUCAGCCAUGUGGAGUUACUUCUGUGUCAGUUACAGCCACCACCGCCAUCCAUGGCUGCACCCUCAUGUCUUUACCUGGCACCAACAUCCGUCAGCAGUCCUCUGGCAGGCGGAUGUGCUCAAACCAGCGACCUGUCCUCACAAAUGACCAGAGAGAAAAAUCUGUGGAUGAAGAUUCUCUGACCAUGUUGUCACCAGACCAGGCCAGCUUCCUCUUCGAUCCUUACUCCUCUUGUCUGCUGUCUCCUGGAUGGGAGUCUCCCAUAAGGGAGACCUCCCCUUCACGCCUGCGUUACCCAUCCCCAAGGCGAGAGAUUUCUCCACGAGGUCGCUCCUCUCCCAGAUGGGAUACCUCCCCACUGAGACCUGGCUCACCUAGCUUCACUCCCAUUCAGCACCUCUCCCCAGUCUCAAUUGAACGACCUAUGUCUCCUGGAUUAGAGCUGGCUGGAAAGCGAGAACCCUCGGUCCGGGGCCGGCAGAGAGUUGUGUUGAGAGCCAUUUCACCACGUAGAGGCUCGCACCAACAUAAAGGCAGCAGUGACAAAACAAGACUCCAGCCAAAGAUGGAGAUGACUCAACAACAAGGAAGCUUUGAAAUGGAAAUGGAUCAAAGGAGCAGCUUGGCUUCUACUUUGCCUGGUGCUGCCGGUUCUCAUCACCAGAACGUCCUCAGCCACCUCCCUCUUCACUCUCAGCAGCAGGUCCACAGCUUGCUCCCUGUUGUUCCCAUUGGAGGGCUCCAAAUGUUACACUCCCUGCCUUCCUUGAGCACUGAUGUUAUCCCCUCUUCAGCACUGAGCUCACAGAGCAGUGAGGGUCAGCACUGCAGAAGCAGGGAGGGAUCUGUCCAUGGGCCCCAGAUGGGAGGAGAGGAUAUCAGAAGCCAGAACCAGCUGUCCUCCCAUCAGGCCACUCAGGAGAAAAGCCUCAGUUCCAGUGUUGGGGACAGCAGACAGGAGGAGAAUGUCCAGACCUGCUUGAAAGCCAUCGCCUCACUGAAGAUUACCACAGAAGACCCUCAUUAAGGCCCCCUUUUCUGUUUCCUUGAUCUGGUCCAGAAACAGAUGCUCUUCUACUCUGCCUGCAACCCUUUAGGCUCAUAACCUCAUCUUUAUUCCAUUAAAGGCAAUAUAGUAACACUUCAUCUGGUCUAGCACAUACCCUAGACAGCUCCUUUAAAAUCUGAGUGGAGAUCAAACCUUCACAGUGAAGAAGAAACCUGUUCUGUCUGAUGUGCUCUUCUCUUCAGAGAUUCUGAAAUGACUGGACACACAGCAAGGGGGAGAAUCAUUAUUGGGUACAGGUGCAAUAUGGAUGAUAUUAUGCUAAUAUGCCUUUGUUUGACAUAGUAGUUUGCGUACAAUUGCACAUAAACUAUAUUUAUGGAUUCUGUACAAAUGUCCUUAAUAUAUACUCCUUCUUAGAUGCAUACAAACAGUGUAUUUUACUGUAUGUGUACUUUGAAAUAAACUUGUUUAAUGUAAG